AUGCUUGUCUAUGACCGAUUAUUCAUUAUAGGUCAUGGUAAUGUAUUCGAUGGAAAUGAGUUUGUUCAUCAACAAUCAUCUCAACAGGCUAGAGACAAUACGGCAUCACAUACACAGAUGUCUCAACCUCAAAAUAUUCCAAGACCAACCAAGGAAUCAGUAUCACCAAAUCAUCAAUCCUAUCAAGACACAAAAGAAUCAACCCAAGAUUCAGAAUCUCUAUUCCAUCAGCAACUACCCCAAAGUACUCCAACGCCUAGAUCAACAUCUCAAGAACCUCAAGCAAUAGAUGAAAAUGCUGCAUUAUAUGCAGAAAUAUAUAAAUAUCGUGAACAAAAUGCAGAAUUGAUCCAACGUUUUCAACAAUUAAAUGAAGAAUUGAAAAGAAAAAAAAUCGAUUCAUUCGAAGCAUUGACUGAACAAGACAAAGAAAUGAAGAAAAUUUUGAUCGAAUUGGCUAAUAUUACUCAACCAAUGCCAAUGGAAGGUAAUAAUAUCGGUUUAUUUGGUUUGACUUCAACAGGCAAAUCAACAAUACUAAAUGCUAUUCUUGGUCAGAAGCUCGCCAAAACUGGUGUUGGUGAAACAACAAAAAAAAUUGUAUCAUAUUCAAGUACGAAUUUCACACUUUGGGAUGUUCCUGGUCGAAAUGAUGAAAUAAACUAUAUGAAUAUGGAAUAUAUUUCAUUUUUCAAAGGUCUUUCCAAACGUUUGCUUCUAAUUGAAGCAACAGUGAAAGAAAAUUCAAGUAUGAUGAAACUUUUAGAUGCAAUUGGAUUACAUUAUGCGAUUGUUUUCAAUAAAUUCGACAAAGUUGACGAUGACGAACAACAAGCAAUUCAACAACAGAUUAAACAGGAAAUUAGAACACUUGGUUUGAAAGGAGUUGAUCAAGUUUUUUUUGUUAGUGGAAAGUUUCCAAAGAAAUUUUCUGAUUGGCAAGCAAUGCUCAAUUAUAUGCAAAAUCUUAGUUGUUAA